GGGAAAUUAAAUAUUUAAUAAUUAUGUUUACUAUCAUUGUCUAUACCUGGAAUUAGAGACACAAAUUCCUCUAGCGCCAGCGAAGGAAACCGGCUGCCGCGCUUACUUUAAAUACAGUCGGCAGCGGUAACUGCUCGUAAAAGUAUAUAAACGUACUGAAAUUGUUAGAAAUUUAUAAAAAUACAAAUUUUAAAUUUUUUGAAAUAUUUGUACUUAACUUCCGUGUUGCCAAAAUGAAAAUUGAAAUCUCCUUAAUGGCAUUAUUGAGUGUAGCAACAAUUAGUGCGCUCAGUCUUGAAGGGUACAAAUGUAGCGACCACGCUAUAUUGACUGGCGAUACUGUGGCGCCAAUACGCACAGUACGAAUUUGUGGUGUAAAGGAUUAUGUUGGGGCGCCAAGCUAUGCAAACUAUCAAAGUUCAGAUUCAGGAGUUGAGAAAAGAGCGUAUCCUUCUGAGAUCCUGGAAACAUUAAACUAUCCUUUAAGCAAGGACAUUGACGCCAACUCAAGUAAUUUAAAAGAAAAGUAUCACACAACGCUACAGAAAUUGGGUUCAAUUGAUGCGGAAGCAUUACAGACGAAGCGCUCUGUCGAAGAUGUCGCCGCGUCUGUGAAGAAUAUAUUUGAUAUUUUGAAAAAUACAAAAACGGAGAGAACAAUUAAUGUUGAGCUGCAUUUAGAACCCUCCGUAGAAGCUUUACUAAAAAAGUUCCUUCAGUUAGCAACGGUAUAUAUCAGCACAGAAAGCCCUGUUAAUGUUCACACACCAAAAGCAACAAAAGUGUCUAAUGAAAGUACUUCCGAUGAAAAUAAUACCGAAGAGCGUGAAAAUACUGCAGAGACCACGGAGGAUUACGCUAGUUGGAUUCGCUCGCAUUUCGGACCAGCCACAACGACUACCGAAAAAUAUUCUGACUAGAGUUUUUACUCAACAAAUGAUGAGAGUUCGGAAGAGAGCUCAUUAAUUUCACAAUAACAAUUCUACGAGAUAUCUCAACUGUGAUCUUAAAGUAAAUUGGCAUUUGCACUAAACAUCGAGGAAAUAAACUUAUAGAAUACCAUGUACUUACAUAUGUAUGUAUAGCAUAAAAAAAUGAAAAUAUCCGAAAUAUGUGUAGGCUCUCCUCGCAAAAGGGCCAUACAAAACAUAACAUUAAAUUCGACACGAGGCUUAAAACUUUAACAUCAUAUAAUUAAUGCUACGUAAGGUCAAAAAACAAAAAAAAAA